AUGGCCUCCUUAGAACUCGCAGCAACAUACGCAGCCCUCAUCCUCGCGGAUGAUGGCGUCGAAAUUACCUCAGACAAAAUCAUCGCUCUAACGAAUGCGGCGUCAGUAGAACUGGAGCCCAUCUGGGCCAGCCUUCUUGCGAAGGCGCUAGAGGGUAAGGACGUGAGGGAGCUGCUCUCGAACGUGGGCGCGGGCGGCGGUGCGCCCGCGGUUGGUGCGGCGCCCGGUGCUGCUGCUGGCGGUGCGCCAGCAGCGGAGGCACCGAAGGAGGAGGAGAAGGAGGAGAAAGAGGAGGAGUCUGACGAAGAUAUGGGUUUCGGUCUCUUCGACUGA